AUGACAUCCCUGACUUUCACACUGGAUCCGGAUGCCAUUGUUCGGUUCCAUGAUAUCUUCGUAUGCCUAGCCAAAUUCAGUGAUACCGUCGCCCUCGAGGCCGAGCCAGACCUUCUCCGAUUGAGCGUCCUCAAUUCUACCAAGACAGCCUUUGCCUCUUUCGUGUGUGACAGGGAAGAAUUCUUCCAGAAGUACGAAUUUAGCGUGAGCAGAAGCAAUGGGUAUUCGUUCCAUGGCCAGGGCGGCGGCGAUCGAUUUUAUUGUCAAAUACUGCUUAAGGCGCUGCUCUCUGUUUUCCGAGGGAAAGUUGAUCGAGGCAAAGAAACGGCGAUAGAAGCCUGUCAUAUAGAACUUCAUGAAGACUACCACCAGACGGAAUGCCGACUUAAUAUCAGGAUGGACUGCGCCAUGGGUGUGAUCAGAUCAUAUAAGCUUACUUAUGAACCGGCUGCGAUUCAGCAUGCCAUGUUUGAUCCAAGCAAAACAACGAAUAGUUGGUCUGCGGAUCCUCGAUAUUUGAAGCAGAUCGUCGAUCACUUCAGUGCAUCUGCAGAGCAGCUGGACCUGUAUGGCGAUGAUGAACAGGCUGUGUUCACGAGCUUUACGAAGAGAAUUGCAGAUGGAGACGAAAUUCUGAAAAAUCCGAUACACACCUCGGUUGCCGCCGCCAAGCUGGAUUUUGAAGAAUAUUCCGUGGAGGACAACAUGCACAUCACUAUUAAUCUGAAAGAUUUCAAAGCGGUAGUGAUUCAUGCUGAAACGGGAAUGGCCAUAAUCACAGCACAAUUUACCCGACCCUGUAAGCCAAUGCAACUGGCCUAUGCAAUUCCAGGUAUCAAAGCGGAGUUCACCCUUAUGACUCGCGGUGAAGGAGACCCCGACGAUGCACCGUCUUCAUCACGAGCGACGAUAUCGCAGCUCUCGCGGCGGACACCCGCUCCUGUAUCUACAGCUGCUCAGGCUUCGACAAGAGAUGAUUCACUCCGUGCUUCAGAGAAUACACCGAUGCCACCCCCUCCGCCACGGAAUAGGCCUCUACGUCCACUUCAUGGGUCUUCAACGCAGGACCGUCUUUCUCGCAACCCCCCUUCGCAAAGACCCUCGGCAUUGGCAGCAUCAGAGUCGAUGGAGUUUGAUAGCCUCUUUGUGUCACAAGAUGAUGAUCAAUGGGAUGAAAUGAUCCCCAAGGAAGAGCCGCAGGAUAUUCUUGGGUGGGAUGCAACUGGUCAGACGCCACUCGAAGGAACUCUUCGUGAUGCGGAGCCAGAUUUCCCGAAGCCAAAACGACGACGAAAUCAGACAGCAGAGGAUGACAUGGGCAUCCCCCCAACGCAACGCAUGUCGCAGGUUCGCGGCAUGGGUCUUUUUGACUAG